AUGCCUGAAUAUACCAAUUUCGAGAGCAAGUUUGAUGAUAUUGAUAUGCUUGAAAUACCUGACGAUGAUGAUGGAGAAAACAGCAACGAGAACUCAAUUUCAUCUGAGACAGAAGGGAUUUCUGAUUCCUCAGACUCUAGCAAAAACAGCUACGACCAAUCGAGUCCGGUCGCAAUAUUCAAAUCAGAUAAAGAAUAUAUUGACUUGUCAGACUGGUUAAAUACUCAAAAGACUUUAGAAUUUAAGUUUGAAGCCCAAAAGUAUAGAAAGGGAACAGAAAAAGCUAGACCAUUUGAUGAGAAAUAUAUUUCGUAUAUCAACAACAUCUUUAAAACCAUUGAAAAACUUACAGAGGACGAUAUCACCAGAUUUGAUUUGGAGGAAGAUGAUUCGCCUAUAGGCUUAGUCAUGGAUCUGACAGGAUCAAGGGCCAAACAUGUGCAGAAAUUUCAAAAGAUUGAUGAAGCAUUUAAGCAAAUAAUCGAUUAUUUGCAAAAUUUGGUAAAUUCUAUACUGAGGGAAGAACAGGAGUCCUAUGAUUUUCAAUGUUUACAACAUGUAUUGUAUAUUUUAGAAUGUUUUGAAGCCAACAAUUUCUAUUUUGAUAUCCAACAAAAGCCGGAAUUGAUUAUCAAGUGGGUAAAUACUUUUGAUCCUAAACCGGAUCCUGAGUUGUUGAAUGACGUUAUGGUGAACACGCCGCAGCCUUAUUUGCACCCUCAGUUUUGGAACACCUGUAUAUCUCAGCUUCUUACAAGAGGAUUGUUUACUCAGAUUCACGAAGUAAUUGAGCAUUCGCAGUAUCAUGAAUUAAAAGAAAAGUGUCCAGAGUUGCAUGCUGUAAUUGGAGACAUGGAUACUUUGUUAUCAAAUUACACUUCCUAUUCCUCAAAGGGACAAUUUACAGCAUGGAAGCUCUUGGCAUGUGAAUUUCGUGAUUCCUUGUCGUCAGUGAGAAAUGAGAGUAUCACCGAAACCAACUACAAAUUGAUUAUAGACCAGAUUUACGAUUUGGCAUGCAUUUUCACAGGAUUACCCAAGACAAUUUCUAGUUAUUGUGACACAUGGUAUGAAGUCUACUUGGCGUUAUCUUUAUAUCAAAUACGAGACAGCAAUGAAGUAUAUGUUGAUUACUUCAAAACAGCUGUAUCCGAAAAGCCCCCCUCAGAUAUAUUUCAUGACGAAAACGAAGAUAUAGACGGAUUAACUGAGGCAUGUUUUUUGAACAUUUUGGAGAACAACUAUUUGAAAGUUUUGGAAACUUUGCAUGAGUUGGACCCUCCAACAACGGCAUAUUUGGCUGAACUAAUGGAAUUGAGGUUGUUACUUAGAGGCUACUAUUUUGAUGUCACCGUAACAUCUUCAGCAAGUUUUGAAGAUUUACUUAAUAGGAGGACCGUAUCUGAGUACUUCUUAACUAGACAUGCCUACGAUUGUUUAAAUAUUCAUGAAUUGGUACCAGUUGGUAUUGGUCUUCUAUUGAAUAAUGUAGUAUGCACGUCCAACAACGCUACUUCUACUAACAGAAAAGUUAUCGCUGCGUUCUUACCCAACUAUAUCUGUAAUACUAAUGAUGAUCUUGAAUGGGCUUUGACUAUAUGCGCCAAUUUGAAUUUGGUAUCGACUGCUAGACAAUUGUACUAUCAGGCUGGUUUGAAGUCUUUGAAGGACGGCUAUAUUUAUGAAGCAUUGAACAAUUUUGUCAAUUGCUACGAUCCAACACUAUUGAGUGGUGAAAAUCACAGCGAAGGUAUGAAGAAAGUGCAUUAUAUUGUAUGGGACUUAAUAUUUUCUAAUUGUCUUGUUCGUAACCGUCCAAUUGACGAUGACCUAAUCAACAACAUUGUUGAUAAGAAAGUGAAUACCAAUAUCAAAAUGCAUCCUGUCAUUCAACAAUGUCUUGCUCCAUAUGCCGUAUUGAAAGAGUUUUAUGUGACAUUACCACAAAGGGACAUAAAGCUCUCUAGCAAACUUUCGAAAUUGAUUCAUCUAUUAAAAUUUAAUUACUUGCCCAAAAAAUUUGUUCCAUUGUUACUAGCACAGUUUAUUCCGUUUUUAAUUGAUCCAAAUACAACUUUCCAGUUGCCUGAUUUGGUUAUUAUUAUUGAGUUGCUUGACAACUACGAAAGUGAUAGAAAUGAGAAAGAACUUACAGAAGGUGCAGAUUUGUAUUUGUACUCAAUUAAUAAUAUUGGGUCAGGUGCUGAUGAAAACGACUGGCGAAAACUAUUAGGUAAAGACAACUUACCCAAAGACGUUGAUCUGUUUACAAGAAUGUUAAGAAAUCAGAUUGCAGCAAAGGUUGGUAAAGUGUUCAUAUAG